AUGAUUAAAGCUAUUAAGACGAUGGAAAGGCUGGAACAGAUAAAGAUAAUAGCUAAUAACCUUAAGAUAGGCUCCACGAAAAUCAUAAAGGCGCUAGGAUGGGGAGAUUUAGUAGCAAUUUGUAAUAUUUUGGCGAUUGACAACACAGGCAUCAAAAAAGAGCUAAGUCAACGAAUUUGCAACUAUCUGAUAGAUCUUAACAUGCUAGAUAAAGCGAACGACGACAGGAAGGAUGCUGAAAAAGACGAUGAUGACGACAAUGACGAUGAUAACGAUGAGAUUAACGAAGAAGAAGCGGAGGAGGUUAAUGAGGAUAAAGACAAGGACGGAGAAAUGAAUUGA